GGUGGGAGCCGAGCCUCAGAGCCAGCCGCCCGCCCGCUGGUCUGCACUAUGCCGCCGCCGCUGCUGCCCGCCCUCGCGUUCGCGCUCGCCGCCUCGCUGUCCCUGCGGGCGGCCGCCGACUUCGACGGGAGGUGGCCCAGGCAGCUCGUGUCCUCGAUUGGCCUCUGUCACUAUGCUGGGAGGAUUGACUGCUGCUGGGGCUGGACUCGACGCUCCUGGGGACAGUGUCAGCCUUUCUACGUCUUAAGGCAGAGACUAGCCAGGAUAAGGUGCCAGCUUCAAGCUGUGUGCCACCCACAGUGCAAGCAUGGCGAAUGUGUCGGGCCAAACAAGUGCAAGUGUCACCCUGGAUAUGUCGGGAAAACCUGCAAUCAAGACGGCCUCUCCUACCCGGCUCCUCCUGACCAAGGCAGUGAGCAGCCUCCUUUCCAACCCCCGGAUCAUCAAGCCACCAGUUUACCUUCACAGGACCUGAACGAGUGUGGCCUGAAGCCACGGCCUUGCAAGCACCGCUGCAUGAACACUCUCGGCAGCUACAAGUGCUACUGCCUCAGUGGUCACAUGCCAAUGCCCGACGGCUCCUGCGCAAGUGCCCUGACGUGCUCCAUGGCAAACUGUCAGUAUGGCUGUGACGUUGUCAAGGGACAGGUCCGAUGCCAGUGCCCCUCCCCAGGCCUGCAGCUUGCUCCUGAUGGGAGGACCUGUGUGGAUGUCGACGAGUGUGCCACCGGGAGAGUGUCCUGCCCCAGAUUCAGGCAGUGUGUCAACACCUUCGGCAGUUACAUCUGCAAGUGCCACAAAGGCUUCGACCUCAUGUACAUUGGAGGCAAAUACCAGUGUUACGACAUUGAUGAGUGUGCCCUCGGGCAGCACCAGUGCAGCACCUUUGCCCGAUGCUACAACGUGCACGGGUCAUACAUGUGCAAGUGUGUAGAAGGCUACCAGGGUGACGGGCUGAACUGUGUGUAUGUUCCCAAAGUCAUGAUUGACCCUUCAGGUCCAGUUCAUGUGCCGAAGGGGAACAGUACCGUUAUAAAGGGUGAUGGAGGACAAAGUAACUGGAUCCCAGAGGUUGGAGGUACCAAGUGGCCUCUGAGGACACCGUAUAUCCCUCCUGUCCUUACCAGCAGGCCCACCCCUAAGCCAACACCGCGACCUACACCAAAGCCAACACCACAGCCAACUCCCCCGCCGCCGCCACCCCUGCCAACACAGCACAGAACUCCUCCACCGCUGCCGCCAACCCCAGAAUGGCCAAGAGCUCAGCCAACCACCUCAGAACCAAGCAUCAGCACCUUCGUCCCCGGAGGGACAGUGGACAACAGGAUACAUACAGACCCUCAGAAACCCAGAGGAGAUGUGUUCAUUCCUAGGCAGCCUUCAAACGACCUGUUUGAAAUAUUCGAGAUAGAGAGAGGAGUCAGCGCAGAUGACGAGGCUAAGGAUGACCCAGGUUUCCUUAUACACAGCUGCAACUUUGACCAUGGUCUCUGUGGAUGGAUCCGGGAGAAGGACAGUGACUUGCACUGGGAACCAGUCCGGGACCCAGCAGGUGGACAGUAUCUGACUGUGGCAGCCAAGGCUUCUGGGGGGAGAGCUGCACGCCUGGUGCUGCCACUCGGCCGCCUCAUGCACUCGGGGGACAUGUGCCUGUCCUUCAGGCACAAGGUGACAGGACUGCACUCGGGCACGCUCCAGGUAUCUGUGAGGAGGCACGGUGGCCAUGGAGCAGCCCUGUGGGGCAGAGAUGGCGGCCGGGGCUGGAGGCAGACACAGAUCACCUUGCGGGGUGCAGACAUCAAAAGCGUCAUCUUCAAGGGUGAAAGGAGGCGUGGCUACCCUGGUGAGAUCGGGUUGGAUGACGUGAGCUUGAGAAGAGGCCCCUGCUCGGAAGAGCACUAGCAAGCCCACAGCUGGUAGCCCCUCUUCUCUUUCCAGUCCUCCCCUUCUGUCCUCCCCUCCCUCUUCCCAGGCUUAGUAGAGUGGGCCAACGGGCCAGGAGGGGUCUGGGUGUGACCCAUGUCUCACAGGCCUGCUGUUGUGCCAUCCCAUUGAGCAGACCUCCCUCCCCCAUGGGGUGUCUGUAGACACAUCCAAGCCAUCGUGGGUGUCACCACUGAGCUCAUGGUGCAUACAGGGAGGCCUUGCACAUGUGUGCCCUACACCAUCCUUCAUCCCGGUUACAAAGUGCUCCUUGUAGCAGAUGACGAGAGAAAACUUCAGAGCUCUGCACAUGCCGUUUUCCUGUCUGUUCAGUGUUGUGCUAUGCGUGGUAUUGUUGACUUUCCUUAAGCUAUGAUGCGCGGUGAGCCUGUGAAAUCGGUUUCUUCUCUCUCGAUGAAGAUAGUUCUGGCCCAACGUGAACUCUUUUACUGCCACUCACUUUAUGAAAGAAGGCCGUAUAACAUAUCAAGAUACAUUUAUUCUUGUUAUCUGUAUUUUUCUUAUAAAGACAACUAUGUAGAGUGGGCACGGAAUUCCUCAUUAGUAGUUGCUGUGUUCUGUGUAACUGUGCUAGUGAUAUUAAAUAUUUACGUGUUCCUGGCAUUUUCAGACUCUAGUUGCAAAGUAAAAGGCAGCUUGUGAUUUCCUGAGUUAAAAAAUUAUGGCAAAAUGUCAUCCAGUGUGAUGACCUUACACUGGCUGUGAGGAAAAUGGCAGAGGUGUCAGGUUAUGUGGAAGAGUGAUGGGAUUUUUCUGAUGGUCUCGAAUUGGAUCUCUACAAUGAAUAGUAAACCUAGGGUGACAAGAAAAUGCAGUUAACACAGAACUUCCUCACUGUUGGGUUGACAGCUUGAACCAUCAUAGAGCAUGGCUCUCUCUGGCCGACCUCAAGAACCUUUGCAAAGCUCUGGUUUGGGAGAAGCCCUGUUUUUAGCAGGAAGUGAAGAGGAAGUAUACGGAGGCUGCACUGAGACAGGUGGUCGCACCCAGUUGGCAUGUUUUCAUGCCAUAUCAGGGUUGGAGAGGAAGCAGUCCUGGCACUGAGACCCUGCCUGUGCACUGCAGGGGAUUCCUGCAUAUCAGGCAGAGGCCACAACAGAAUUCUGAGCUCCCACAAAGACACACUAACUAUCAAAAGGCAGCUUACUCCUACAGCUUUUCUGCAUAUCUGGUGGAGUAAUCGGAAUACUUCUGUUUUUGCAAAGAAUCACAAAGAUGCUAAAGGGGUUGGGGAAAAGAGCUCUAUGAUGAAAAAGUAGAGGGAGUGGGAUGAUUCAGCCUGGAGAAGGUUAAGGGGCAGACCAUAGAUUGCUAUCAUGUGUAUGAGGGGAUGGCACAGAGAGGACGGUGGCCACCUGUCCCCUGUGGGCACUCUAGAACAAGAGGACAUGGGCUUAGUGCGAGAGAGUGAUUCCUGGUGGAGACAUUUGUUAGGCAAGUAUGAAAAUCAAUGUCUUGCUCUUCCUGUGUCCUCUCAGAACUAAAUGAAAAUUUACCUAUUUAAGGUAGGCUUACCUCAAGGGAAAACAGUGGACUACAGAAUCUCACAGAAGCCGUUUUGAUCCUGCUACUCAUGUAGUAGAAAUCCCCAGAGCUCAGUGAUUUGGACAGGGCGGUCAUUUAGUCCUUUCUGAUUGACCUCCCAAUAGACAGUGGCCCAAACAAGACGAUGCUGAGUUCUUUUAAAACAGUUCUCCUUCUGUAAAACUCUAGCAUAAUCAAAGCAGACAGAAACAAAAGGGAAAACUCCUCCACACCAUUUAUUCCUAAUAAAGUUGCUGUGGAUAAGUACUGUCAUAUCUCAGCAGUGUCCUAACUUGGAUUAUAAGCAUUUCUUUCCUGGAAAAGGUGUAAACCUCACACUUGCUCAACAGUUGAUGUUUCAGAUGUUUUUAGAGAGCCCCAGUUGAGGAGCACAGGUCAGAGCUCUGGUGCAGGUACUUUUAUCUGCUCCAUGCAUGACAGGUCAAUGUGGGUGCUAAGAGUGUCAUGUACAACAUCUUUCACCUCGAAUCUCCCAGGUUCCAUCAAAUGGUAGUGUCACUUAAUGGUAGGCCCAAGAGCUGGUCUUUGUAACUUGUGAGAGACAGGGCUGGAAGAGAGUAGAGAUCAUUAAGCCUUUGUGUAAAGGACAAAGAAUAUGGUCUUAGAUGCAUUUUUAAUGAUUCAUUUCCUUUUGGAUCAUAGAACUGCACAGCCAAAGAGCAAAGUGGAAAAUAAUUGAAAAUUUCACUUUAAGGUGCCAAUACUACAUUGCACUAAACUGAUGGAAGAAGUUAUCCAAAGUACUGUAUAACAUCUUGUUUAUUAUUUAAUGUUUUCUAACGUGAAAAAUGUCAGUGGUUUUCCAAAUGGUCAAAUCAAAACAAUUCUUUGAAAAUAAAACACUGUUGACAAUGCCAGG